AAUGAACAAGAAAAAACUUACCAGCAAACCCUUAAAACAAAAUUUGGAAGAGGAGGAAAGUGAUGAUUCUGGGUUAUUUGAAAUGUUGGACUGUCUAUGCUUAGAAGAUUUAGAAGGUGGCGAAAAUAAGUCAAUAAAUGGCCUAAAUAUGGAAUUUUGGAACGAUAUCAAUUUCUAUUGGGACUAUAGGUGGCUUCUUAGCACUGAUCGUUCUGAUAGUAGAUGGUUUCCAAGAUCAUCCAACAAUACCGUACUCCAAGAUAUAGACACCCUAGCUCUUCUAAGGAAGUUUCUGUUAAACUAUAAGUCUGGAAUCGAACAAGAUCAUAUACAUCGUUAUAUUUUGGGGGAAUUGAAUUGGCUGAUUGAGCAUCGAAAAUUUCUCUACAUGUUACAAAAAGAAGAUAUUAUCAGAAGAGAAAUUUAUUAUAAUAAGGCUCUCGCCUAUUCAUUGAAUGGCUUGGGUAUUCCUCUUUAUCCACAAUCUGAGACGAUAACGCAAGUAAUAAAUAUGAGGAGACUUUCAUUUUCUACUUUUGAAGUACAAACUGCAGCCACGAUAGGCUAUUUGGAAGAAUAUUCGUUUAAUUUACAACAAAGUUUCGAAUCUUCACCAGUUUAUUAUCCUGAUGUUGGAGAUUUUGUAAUUGUGAAAAGUGAUAUGUAUUAUAGGGCUACAGUGAAAUUGGUAUUCAACACUGAAUGCUUGGUUCAAUUGACUGAUAUAAUUGGAGAUCGUAUGAUUCAAUUUCAUAAUAUACGCGAAAUCCCUGAGAUGCUGGCACUGCAGCCUAUCCUUAUAUUCAAAGCCACUUUCCGUUUACUGCAGAUUUUUGAUUUCUUGGAUGACAACCAAGCUUUUAAUACGCUUCUUGAUUAUUCAAUCAGAAGACCUGGAACAGCAAUCAUAAAUCUAAUGGCAACUGGUGGAAUGGCAAUGUGUAAACUAUUAAUUAAUGGCCAUGAUAUGAUUAUGUCUAUAAUUUGUGAAUUUUUUCAACGAUUUCAUUAUAUUCAUAGGUCAGGGGAUGUAAUGAAAUGCAUUUAUUCUAGCAUGAGCGGAAAUUACGGUACCGUUUUCGUUCAACAUAAUUUAAAUGGUUUGGAAAUUUUAGAUUCAUUCACUAAACGUUUAAUUAUUAGAUGGCAUACGUUAAAAACGUUAACAUUUUUCAAACCUGGAGAUUUUGGGGUUGUAAUGUUUAAAGGAAAACCCCAUAGAGCUAUUGUUCAAAAUUCAGAAUGCGGAAUACAUAGACUAGUUGAUGUUGGCACUUUAGUACAAACUCCAAGAUUAUUUUGUAUACCAGACGAGUUGAAAGUUUUUCCACCCCAAGCAGUUGAAAUUCCUGUUAUUCCUGAAGAUCAGCACAAAAUUAUCGAAAUGCAAUGUGGAACACCUCUACAAUUAUUAAAUACCUAUCACUGGUAUAAACUGGUGGAAGCUAAUAAAGAUUUUCCAUAG